AUGACCUUCCUCCUUGGAACUUUGCUGGUGAAACCCCGCUUGGCCUGCCUACUUGUCGUUUGCUCGAUCUUGCCAUACCCUGGCGCUGUAUCAUCUUCAGUAGUCUAUGUACGCUGGGUGCCAUCUCAUAUUGUUGCAGAUGUCCAUGCUCACAACACACCCGUUUUUUUCCGUUGACAUCGGAUUCAUCCACAAGCCUUUUUCUUUGUUUUUGUUUUUGUUGUUCACUUCAAAGCAGCGCUCACAGCACUAAUAGUGCCGUUUAUUCUAACCCGUGGUCACACAGAAGAGCCUCUCUCUACCCUCCCCUCCUGCGGUACUUCGCCUUCAAUUUUUAAUGCGAGAAGAGUUCAGCACUCUCUUCCCUCUGUGUACACACGAACUAGCGCUAUCCACUUGGCCAGGAGCGGAAGCGAGAGAAAAACUCACUUUGCAAGAAAAGCCCGCCUACGCCGGGAUUCGACCCCUGACCUGACCUCU